AUGGCGCAAGCUCGGCAACCCCAACAGCAGCAGGCGCCGCCGCCGCCGCAGUUCUCCAAUCAAGCUUUCUCCCCACCUGUCUCUUCUCCCUCCCCCAACAACAUCGCAUCUCCUGUGAAUGGGGCUCCUAUUCCUCCUCCUUCUAAACGUCCGCGCCUGUCUCCCCUGCCACCGUCGCAGACCCAAUCUCCCUACGGCUCUCCAAGCUUUAACGCGAUGCAACUACCUCAAAAUCCAUCCCCAAUGAACGGUCAAUCCAUGAAUAUGAAUACUAUGAAUAUGGCUUCAGCGCCUGCGACACCAGCACCUGCCCCUGCUGGGACUAUGGGACCUCCGUCUCGUCCAGUGGAUAAAACCACGGAUGCUGCUGAACUGACAGACGUUCUAGCUUCAUCUGGAAUUGACGUCAGGGAGGAGGAAGCAUUCCUUACUCGGAGCUUUUCAGGGCAGACUGCGCAGGCGCAACCUCCCCAAAGAGGUCCACAAACCCAACACCCGCCACCUAUCAACACUUCCUUCAAUUCCCAGGUUUCUACGGGCACACUCUCAGCUUCGACCAGCUUCGGAGAAUUGCCCCAAAUUAAACCGGCGGUCAGUCAUGAUACGCAUGCCGAUUCAUCCUCCCACCCUUCUGCUCCUUUCAAAGAUCCGAACGAACCGACGCGCGAGGAUACGGUUGCAGCGAGAAGGGCACAAUACCACAUCCAGGAGCCAUUUUUGAUCACCAAACUCCUCGAGCAGAAGCUGCAGAAGCGAGGCUUUGAUCUUGGUGUUCGCAUUCCGUCAGAGGGUCUGUUUCAUCCGGUUCCUGGUCGCCCACAGCCGAUUGAAGUCACUGGUCCGGAUGGUUCGUCAGUUGUACGCACCGGUCAAACAAUUCUCAAUCAGGAGGGCGCACCUCUCGUUGACAUUUUGAACCUUUUAUCAAUUUCCACCGAGGAGCGAUUGCGAGGUGUAAUCGACUAUUCGUCGACCCUCGCGCGCAGUCGCCGAGCUCAUUCUCAUGGCGUCGUUCCCGACGAGUGGAAAGAUGUUGCACAGCCUCUGGCGCAGACGACGGGUAAUUCUCAGGCUAUGCAGACUCCUGUUAAGCGACCCCACUCUGCUAUGGAAGUAGGCCCAAAGCAAAAUUCCGACCGCUUCCGCACCACCAUCAAUCGUGAAAAUUCUUUGGAAGAGAGACGCGCUGCCAAGCGUGCCAAGCGGAGUAGCAAUGCUAUUCUCAGCGAAGCUGGCCGCGCCGACUCAGUCGACCCAGGAUCAGCCCCCUCGACACCUAUCGGCGAACGGGCCCCUGGAACCGACAAAAAAUCAAUUUCCAAGAAGGAAGCGAAGAAAAUGACCGAUUCCAAGGCAACCGAAGCUCAGCAACAUGCGCAAUCUGUCGAGACAGCUCGCAUGGCCCUCGGCAACUCCGGUCCUCGUACUAGUAUGUUCGGCACAAAAAAGUCAUACUCUUGGUUGAAGUCCGGAGGGAACGCCAGUGGAUUCUCCUCCCCUUCCCGCCCGACUCCCUCAACCCCUACAUCUGGUCCCGAGAAGCCAAGCGCAGGGGAACCGGCACCAUCUCAAAAUCAACGCCGCUUCGGAUUAUGGCGUGAGGAUCAAGACCGUGGCGCGGGCAUUCAAAUCAGAGAUAUUCUCUACAUGCUUGAAGGUGACGGCCGAGCCUCAAGACAUGUGCAACGGGGAUAUUUGAAGGAUCCCAAGGAGGAUCGUGAUCGUGCAGUGUGA